AUGGCGGCUCCCUCAGCGGAAAAGAAGGGCGUAACGCCAGGGGCUUGGUCUUCCGGGCUGCUGGAAUGCCACAAAGACGGCAAGACAUGUCUGUGCGCGUUGUGCUGCCCCUGCGUUCUCGCUGGCCGCAUCGCCGAAAUCUCAACUGACGGCUUCACAGACGCCACCUUUGCGUGCUGCUGCUGGGCAUUGAUCCAGUACUUCACAGUCGGGAUGUGCGGUUGCCUCUACUCUAAAGGCUUCCGUGGCAUGCUGAGGGAUAAGUAUGGCCUGCCGAGCAGGCCCUGCGUGGACACUGCAGUACACCUCUUCUGCCCCUGCUGUGCCUUUGCUCAGGAGUACCGAGAACUCAAAGCCAGAGGUUGGGACCCACGUCUAGGCUACACAGGAAAUGUUCUCAACUUCAGUUCACAGAAAGUGGCUCCUUCUCCUCAACGAAUGGAAUGA